AUGUAUCCACUAGGCGUUAUGUUUGGUCUAGGAUUCGACACUUCGUCAGAAAUCGCAUUACUGGGCAUCAGUGCCAUCUCAGCCAGCCAAGGAACCUCGUUCUGGCUCAUUCUCUUGUUCCCUGUUUUGUUCACUGCAGGAAUGUGUUUGUUAGACACUACGGAUGGUGCUCUUAUGAUGGCUCUAUACACAUCAACACGUCUGGCAAAGGACACCAUCGCGGUGCUAUACUACCAGGCUGUUCUCACUGGUGUCACUGUGAUGGUGGCCGUAGUCAUCGGUGUUAUUCAGUUCCUUGGUAUGCUGCAAGGAGCGGCCAAUCUCGAAGGUGGAUUCUGGGACGGUGUUGAGGUUGCGAGUGACAACUACGACAUUAUUGGUAAGUUGUUCCUGUUUCAAGACUGCAUAUAA